CUUCCCCGGUUUAGAUCAGAGCUCCACGAAGUAUUCUUCCACCCUUUCCUGAAUUAUUUUACAUUGAAAAGCUGGGGGAAUUAGUACUCUAUCUUGUCUUAUUUGGCUUGAAAAAUAAAUUCCCAGAUGGCGUCCUCAGAAGUCCAAAAAGUGCCCGUUUACUCGGUCAAUGACAUAAAAUCAACAACCGAUGACGCCCUAGCUCCCUACCUCGGCUCCCUCCCUCAACCCUACACCUUCGCCCAAGACCACACCAAGACCAAUGUCCACCUAUUCCUGGGCUACGCUGCCGUGGCGAUUGCCGGGUUCAGCUUCUAUGCUGAACGCAAGCUUAACUGGGAGGCGACACAUUCACCAUGGAUCAUCGCAGCCGUGCUGUCGUACUUUACCUUGAACUCGCUUCUCACGUACUGGGUUUGGGCUGUUGAGGCAGGUGAGGUAUUCCGUGGAAAGCGGAAGUCGGGUGAAACGAUCAUCAUUCGGUCCUCCAUGCAGAAGCACUCUCCCUUGUACAAGCUGCGGGUCCAGUAUAAGUCGGCGCAAGGCAAGACGCUGCAGGAGAAGGAGAUCGAGACCUCGUUCACUAAGUGGUUUGCUGCGGAUGGGACAUUCCACCCCGAGCCUUUGAGGGCCUGGCUGGCUGGUGAGAUUGAGGUUCUGGGGUUGGCGGCCAAGGAGACGCAGAAGAAGACUGGGGGUGUUGCGAGUUUAGUAGGUGUUGAGGAGGAGAGCAAGGAUGUUAAGAGGAGGAAGUGAAAUGUAUAUGGGGUGCUGGUUGUGGAUAAUCUAGUGGGUUGGAAAGGAAAUUGGAGUUUAUUGACCUUGAUUGCAUUAGUCUUCUCUUCUUUCCAGAAAUGAAAGUGUGUCUUGUUGUUCAGGAAUUCAGUCAUAAAAUGAACGUAGGGAAUCAUAUAUUGACAGAAUACAUGUAUGUUCAUUUCAUUUCCCACACGUGGAAGGGCUCAAGAGACGAGAACCAGGGAAUAAUUGAGCAAAAAUGAGGCAUAGGUUUUGUCUUUUUUAUACAAGAAUGAUUGGGUCGCAUGAUAU